CUACGAUAUAUUUUCAAAUUGCAUGACACUAUUAGCCAGUUGAAUUGGUGACACUUGAUACUUAUGCGAACUUCGAAAGCAAGCGCCGUGCCUUUCUAGCUUCGCACAUAGCUGACAAAAGACAGCAGCAGCCCUAUCAACUGAAAGCAGAGAGGAGAAUUAUCUACUAACUGUGAGGUUUUACUCGAUAUGGAUAGUGACUUGUUCCUGAAACGGCACCAUAGCAUAAAGUCUCACCUCACGAGCAUGCCAUCGGAGGUUACGGACGAUAUGCGAGACGAGGGCCUUCUAGACCAGGAGAGUUGUGGCUUCGCUGACGAAAUGCCCACCAGCCCGCAAGGCCGCAGCAGCCCUGGCACCAGCCGAAGCAGUGGCUUCAGCAGCAGCAUACUUACGCAGUCGCCAGAAGAUGCCCUGUCAACUAUGUUCGAUCAACGUGUUGCACUGCUGGCGGCGACAAUGGAGAGCCUUCGCAGCAAAUGCGAGCUUCUACAGGAGCAGCUGACGGAGUCUGGAGCGGUUUGCAGCAGCUAUGCGGCACGGUUGGCUCGCAGCGAGGACAGCGCUCGGCGACUGCGGCUAGAGGUGGAGCUGGGGAAGGAGCGCGAGCGGCAGCUGCAGCACGACGUAACCCGGCUGGAGGCGCUGCUGGAGGCGGGGAGACUGCAGGCCUCCGUUGCGGAGGCGCGGCACCAGACGGCGCUGGCUGAGGAGCGGGCGCGCACGGAGCGGCUGCGGGUGAUGCGGGAUGAUGCGCUGCUGCAGCGCGACAAUGCGCUGAGUGAGCUGUCGGGCUGCUACGCGGACGUGGACGCACUGCAGGCCACCCUGGCCGACUCUGCGCUCUACGUGCGCUACCUGCGCAAGCGGCUGCUGGAGCUGGAGCUGGCGGCGGCGCGGCAGCAGCAGCAGAGCCAGCAGCAGGAGCGGCAGCGGCAGCAGUCGGCAGGCAGCAAGGAGGGGGAAGGCGGCGAGGGCGGCGGCAGUGGCGGCGGCGGCGGGGUGUUCAGCCUGGCCACCAUACGCAAGGCCAUCCAGGCGGCGGUGGCGGAGGCGGCGCAAUGCGGGGAGGAGGAGCGCCGGAAGAGAGUACGGCAGCUGCAGCUGAGGUGGCAUCCAGACAAGAACCCGGUGCUGACGGAGUUCGCGACGGAGGUGACCAAGAUGAUCAACGAGGCGGUGGCCGAGAUGGAGCGGGCUGCGGGUGUAACGGGGGGAGGCAGCAGCACGUGAUGAUGUCAUGGAGGAUAGAUGGAUUGCGUGAAAGGCCGAAUUGGCUCUGGCAGCGAUGUGCGUGCGUUCGGUUAUAGUAUAAUUUAUUGACAGCAUCUCUUUUGACUGCAGGCGUCCUUGUCAGUCGCCUUUCAAGAGAGUGGUUCCACUAGCGACAGCGUACGGUUCCUAUGUGUCAUUCAUCUUUAGCCGUUCAGUUAACUAGAUAUAGUGGUUGUGCCAAUAAUUCGGAUGCAUUGUUUCCAACCUCGAUUUUGUGCACCAAGCUUGUCACGGAAACCGAGUACUAGCUAGAUGCCACGCAGGCUUUCAUCGCGGCUGGCUCUGCAAGCUUUAUUGCUCGAGCUUUACCACUCGCGUGUAUCAACGUUUUCAGUGACUUUGUUCAAUGCUUGCAGCUGCUAAACAGUAAUUGCCAGAUAUGCCAUGUAGGUGCAACACAACGCAACUGGCGUUAUAUGAGAAGCAGUGUACAGGGCACAUCAACUUAACCAUGCAUCGACGAGGCUUUACCUGUGCCAUCCAGCGCUGCGUUGACCAAUGUGCUGCGGAGAGGUGCAACAUCAUGGGGACAAAACAGAAAGCGGCAGCACGACUACUUCUCACUUGCGCCCUGAGCAAGAGGGAGGCACGGCUAAGUUUUGAGGUUUAGCAGCAGCACGUCGUACAUCGAAUGCAGACCAGCAAGCCGCAUCACCAAGCCGCACCCAGCCAGCUACCAGGCACCCUGAACCGGACCAGGGUCGUAACCACCAGCAGCCUCGCCCUCGGGCACAGCCGGCAGCAGCGAGGCCCCAGCAGACCCAUGUGCACAUCCGCACUACGUACGACAGCAACGGCCUCACAAGACAGCAACCAUACAAGUGCACCCUCACCCCAACCCUACCGCCCCAUGCAGCAGGCCACCACUCCACCCCACCUGGAUGAUGCCUUAUCACACGGUCAGUUAGUUGUUUCCUCUUUACCACCCCGCCAGGACUCCUGCUCUCCUGCUCGUGCCUCCCUGAGGGCCUCGGUCGGGCUCCCCUGCCUCCACACCCGCACCUGCGCCCUCCACCGCAGCAACCCGGCGCCCAGCCAAGGUGUGGCGGUCUACAUCAACACCAGCAGCAACAGCAGCGGCGUACACAUGCGGCAGGGGGACGUCCUGGUCUUAGAGCACGGCGCUGACAGCUUGUUCAACAUGAACUCAGCGAGGAGCCGACAUGUCUUCCUCCAGCCUCCAGCGUAUCUACCUGCCAGCUUGCGUGCAUGCACGUACUGCUGAACCCUAUCCAAUCCCUCCUGGGCAUCCCCCCUGCCCCCUUCACCCCCUACCGCACUGUCCGUAAUGGAAGACUAGCACCCAUGUACAACACGCGCCUCUCCACCCGCAGUUCAAGUAGGUUUGGAACAAAUGGAAGCUUUAUUUUUAACUUCUGAUCCACCUCCGGUUAGCUCCAGUGGCGCCAAAGCGCGCACUUUGGACCAGCGUAGUCAGUUUCGGAGCGGUCGGUUGACGCCUUUGCUCGUGGUAUGCUGGCAGCUGGCUCAGAAGGCAUGAAUACACAAACGCCACUAGGUUGCUUCUUGUUUGUCGCAAAGCCAGCUAAAUUCAUAUAACCUCAUACAGCGUUCCUUACUUCCUUUCCCGAGAAUGGUUCCACCUCCAAAGCGCGUGGACGCUGUGGAGGUCCGGAAUACGACCAGCAAUUCUUUGACUUUUAAAGUAGCUUACGACAACCAUAAGGAUAGGCGGAAAUCCUCGAGGAGCAGACGGUUGAGCCAGGCUGCUCCCAUACGUUCUCGGCAAAGGAACUCGACAUGGGAGGCUGGCAGGCCGUCGCCCCGGUGCUGCGGGUGCACGUGACGGGUCCCGGCGGCCGCUGCCACGAGCUGCAGCCGGCGGUGGUGGGGGUGGUGCCGCUGCUGCGGGUGGAGGCGGGCGAGGAGGCGGCGGGAGGGGCGGUGCGGCUCACGCAGCAGCACUAGGAGGCGGGCAGCAGGGAGGGGAGGGGAGGUGUGACGGAGGGCCAACGUAGAUUCCCCCCCAAUGCCAGGAGGGGCUGCAGGGGAGGGGCAGGCAGGGGAGGGCAGUCGGCAGCGAGGCUGCAGGGGCUGUGGCACUGGGGUCGCAGCAACAGGAACAGUGACAGCACGGGGUUGCGCCAAUGCGGCGCAUGCAGCGGGCUGUGCGGGUGUGUGAUGCAGCAGUUGACAGUUGCAUGCGGGGCCGCCCGAGGGGGGGAGGGGGGCUGCAGCUGGGGGCGAGGUGGGGUGCUGGUCGGGGCUGGAGGGGCGGUUGCACGGCCGUUGUGUACUCACCAACAGGCACGUCAUGCAAGUUGAAUGGGAAGGGCAAGAGACGGGUCGGCGUUAGAGCAGUUACAGGCGCCCCUCUGCUGUCCGCUCAUGUGUACAUUAUCAGUAGCUGCUGCUGCCGCUCCGGGGCGCUGUGUACCAUAACUGUGUGUGUAUACCGAUAGUCUAGCUGUAAGGAAAGUUGUAUUGAAGGUGUUUAUGGUGUUGGGAGGUACCGGUAUGUGAGGAGUUUUAUCACAGAAGCAUCAACGCGAGCCGGGGGGUGGCCCCUUGCUGCUGAUAAGCUGCAGUUGACUUGCUCGUUGAUUAGGGUGUCCGGAGGAGGAUCCGUGCGCUGAUGGCUAUAGGGUGAUGGUGGUGGCGGUGCUGGUGCUGGUCUCCCUCGCUGUAGUUGCUCGCAAAGCCACAACUCACCCCCUGCCGCGCGUUCCUCUACCGGUGCAUGUACCCAACCCGGACAGCUCCUCCAGCGAGGCAGCAGCACACGUGUCAAGGAAACUGGCCGCGAGUAGGAACGUACUGGGAUGUCGGAAGAUGAAGUCCCCUGUGUGUGCGCAGCCCCCUGCCAACCUCCCAGCAUCCGCCCCGCACCCAACGACACACCAGAACCCCCCCUCGAGGUGUUGGAUCGGG